AUCGCACUGUCGCUUGUUUACGUCCUAACGUCCCACGUCAUUGCGUUCGAUAGAUUAGUGCGUACUGCGCGUUGCGUUGCGUGGCGUGGCGCGCGGGAACUUUGGUUAUCGAACGGCAGAGUGCAGAGGGAAACAAGAGGUAGCUGGCGAGCAGCACAUCGGACAGAAGCCUGUUCAAGCUCAACAGUACACGACAAUACAGUAGAGUACAUUAGACAACAGUAGACAGGUCUGCAGAGCAAAUGUCUGGUCGUGACGUCACUUUGCUCUUGCAGUCAACAGAACCUGGUCCACUUCCUGUACGGCCUGUGGAGCAGACCUCACGUCGGGACCAUGGCCAUGAGGAGCGAGGCCAGGGCGGACACACAGGUGGAGGAGGAGGAGGACAACUUUGGGCCGCAGCCUCUGUGCAGACUGGAGCAAUGUGGCAUCAGUGCGAGUGACAUCAAGAAGCUGGAGGAGGCGGGCUUCCACACGAUCGAGGCCGUGGCCUACGCCCCCAAGAAGGAGCUGCUCAACAUCAAGGGCAUCAGUGAGGCCAAGGCCGACAAGGUUCUGACUGAAGCUGCCAAACUGGUGCCCAUGGGCUUCACCACGGCCACGGAGUUCCACCAGAGGAGGGCAGAGAUCAUCCAGGUCUCCACGGGCUCCAAGGAGCUCGACAAACUACUCCAAGGUGGGAUUGAGACGGGCUCCAUCACAGAGAUGUUCGGAGAGUUCCGGACGGGGAAGACUCAGCUGUGCCACACGCUGGCAGUCACCUGUCAGCUUCCCAUCGACCAGGGGGGUGGAGAAGGUAAAGCCAUGUACAUCGACACCGAGGGAACGUUCCGACCAGAGAGGCUCCUGGCCGUGGCGGAGAGGUACGGGCUGGUGGGCAGCGACGUCCUGGACAACGUGGCCUACGCCCGAGCCUUCAACACAGACCAUCAGACCCAGCUGCUGUACCAAGCAUCUGCCAUGAUGGCAGAAUCCAGGUAUGCUCUGCUGAUCGUGGACAGCGCCACUGCUCUGUACAGAACAGACUACUCCGGGAGAGGAGAGCUUUCGGCGAGACAGGGACACCUGGGACGUUUCCUCCGCAUGCUGCUCAGGCUGGCAGACGAGUUUGGCGUUGCCGUGGUGAUCACCAACCAGGUGGUAGCGCAGGUGGACGGGGCAGCCAUGUUCUCGGCGGAUCCCAAGAAACCAAUCGGUGGCAACAUUAUGGCUCAUGCCUCCACCACACGUCUGUACCUGAGGAAAGGCCGAGGAGAGACGAGGAUCUGCAAGAUCUACGACUCGCCCUGUCUGCCCGAGUCUGAAGCCAUGUUUGCCAUCAACGCUGACGGAGUGGGCGAUGCCAAGGACUGAGUGGGCAGACGGGGGUCCACGUCUGGUGGUCCACGGCGUUUAAUGAUGACGGCCCUCAAACCAAGCCACAGACUGAUGUUGAUGAUGGGCUUUUGGGAUUUUGAGUUGCUUCACUGAGGCUGAGUCGAUGAGACGGUCCAGGCUGCACAUCUGGACCUCGUGCUGCAGCUGCGACGUGUGAAGAUUUGUUUCGUGCUCAAGAAAGUUAUGACAUAGACUCUCAUAAUUGUGAGAUGCAUUAUAAUUAUGAUGCAAUAUCUCACGAGUUCUUCAAACCUUUAAUGUCACAUCUCAUAAUUAUGAGAUGCUACGUCAUGAUGACGGAAAAUGUAUUUUCUUUGUUGAAACUGAUGCAGUUUCAUAAGUGGAGUGGUAGAAAAGAAACUAUUAUAAAAAACUAUUUGAAAGAUAUAUUUUCUUUUGUUAAUUUGAUAAGAGUUUCUGUCGAGUGGUGUCUCUUUUGGACGUCCGGUGGUGAAGCUUCUUCGAGAAGGCAGUCGAAACAUAAUUGACUCACAUUUCUCUGCAGCCACUCCAACACUGUUAGUUCCCUUCUGUUUGUCUGUACCAGAACCUAUUUAAAUUCCUUUUAUUAUUAAAUUCAUCUGUUAACAUCAUCAUGGGAGGAGUUGACACUGUGAGCCGUCACACGUUAGACAAACCAGAGGAAGGGGAGGGUUUGGUAGUUAAAUACACACAACUACGAAUUUAUAAGAAAUGCAGAAACAGAUCUCCUGAGGUCUUAUUUUUGUUAUCAGUAUAUUGUGGAAACAAUCACUUCUGAUAUCCACUUGUCACAGCAAAGAGUAAAUUCCUCAGAAUAGAAAAGUCAUUAGUGCUACGGAAGUGAAUCUAGAUGACCGCAUUAGGAUACUUUUCACAACCAAACAGAAAACUGUACACAUUAUUUUACUGACACUGCACCUGGUCCAAGUCUGGUGCGUCACUUCACUGGCUCAAUCAUCAUGUGAUCUGAAGUUUGAGCUUCACUGACAGUUGAUGAAGAUACCAAACGGACACUACACCAAUGGAGUGUCAAUAAUCACUGACCAGUGUACGAAUGAAAAAUGUACAAUACAAAUAAAACUUCAUUUAUUAAGUGUUAA